AUGGUCACCUUUUCUAUUCCCGGCGAUAACGAACUCGCCGAGGCUGGCAAGGGCACGCCUCGCCCGCGUCCUGCUCUCCCUUUUGCGAAGCGCGCCUACGUCUCAACGCCGUUAAAGAGUAGCCGUCUCGGCGUUCCGCAGAGUGCGCCAGCACGGAGGCUAUUGAAGACUCGCGAUGAGACCCCGUCCAGUAGCCUCAACAGAUCUACCAUUUCUACAUCCCGUAAUAUCUUCAGGGCUUCUACCACCUCCGAUAGUCCCUCCAUCACUCCUUUCUCCCCGAACAUCCCUCAGAACACCCCGAAGAAGGUGUUCGCUCCCGGUGCUACCCCCGAGCCGAACCGUGUCUAUCGAGAAUCGACUGCACAUGCUACGCCCCGUGGUAUGGCCUCCAAGACCACAUCCAAGGAGCUGUUCCACAUGCGUAUCGAGGACCCCGAUCCCGAACUGUCUGGCGAGGUUCUAACGAAGAAGAUCCCUCCAGGUUGGAACUCCAAGGGCUCUAUUUACGCUGACCAAUUCCUCUCGCAUCUCUGUCCUCCCGAGUUCGAUGAAGAGCAGCGACGACAGUUUUACUGUAUUCUCGAUCUCCGACGACUCAAAUAUGCGGCCAACGAAAUUUUUUCCAAGAAGGAUUGGAAGCUUAAUGUAAUCAACUUUGCAAAGGAGUUCGAGAAGAGCAGGAGUAUUAUUCUGCUACGCUACGGACUCUACGAAUUCCAGAAUGUUAAACCUUCGCAGGAUGUGCUCAAGAGAUGGCGUCGUGAGCAUGGUCUCCCUGAGCCAGAGGAAGAAAAUGCCGAACCAACUCCUACAAAGGCCACUGCUACCAAGAAGCGCAAGGCCGAUGAUGAUAUCGCCAAAGAUGCUACUGCGAACGGCUCUUCCAGCAACAACAAGCGACGUGCUCCUGGCCGUGAAGAAGAUGACCAGGAACAGGAUGCGCCAACUCCUGCACCCGUUCCUACUCCAGCUUCCACCUUGGGCAAGAACAAACGCAGGGCUUCCGUGAGCGAUGAGGCUGAUAGUCAACCCUCCAAGAUGCAGAAGGGCACUGCUUCUGCCGCCAAAUCUCUCUUCGAGAAGAUUGCCAACAACUCAACUGCCCCCGCCGCCUCUCCCUUCAAACCUACUACCAAGCCCACUGAUGAUGGGCCUGCUCCUAAGCCAAACCCCUUUGCGUUCAACAAGCCCAACGGCGGCGGUAGUUCGCUUGCCCGCAGCAUCUUUCAGAACCCUAAGCCCGGCAGUGCUGCUGGCGCUUCUUCUGGUGGAAACAUCUUUGGCUACCUUUCUGACGCAAGCUCAGCCAAGAACAGUGGUGUUGAUGCCGAUGCCGAGAGUGAGGCCGACUCAGAUGUCGAGGAUGAUAGCCAGGCGACCGGAAACAGCGACGAGCCAAGUGCGGCAGCUAGCGGCGCCGACACUGCUUCUCAGGCUGGCAGAGGCCUGUUCGGACAGAAGCCUGCCCCUGCCAGUGGCCUCGCUGCUGGAUCUAGUGCGCCUGGUACUAGGGAGAGCACCCCUGGCCGAAGUCUGUUUGACCGAGUUACCAAGGAUAAUGAUGGACAGCCGGUGCGUAUUGGGGAGAAGGACGAGACAGCAGCUGAGAAGCCCGUCGACCAGACCUGGAACCCUAGUACCACCCCUAUCAAAUUUGCGCCAUCUGGCUCUGCAUCCACAAGCCAAACUACCUCUUUGUUUGGAAAGACCACCUCAGCGCCGACGAGUUCUUUGUUCGCCUCAAAGCCUCCCACUUCGAACCUAUUCGGUGCCGCCAAGCAGGACAAGCCUGCGGAAAAAGAAGCAACGCCAGUCUCGGAUCAGGUUGACAAGACGGGAGGUGAAUCCGACAAGGAGAACGACGAGGCCCCCAUGAAGUCACUGUUCGAGUCUAAGGCUUCAGCGACUCCGGCAAAUUUUGGGUCUCUCUUCGCGCCCAAACCCGCUACGGCUGGAGAGCCAACAAAGCCUGCUGCUACAAGCUUAUUUGGAACCAAGCCUGAUGAGAAGUCCAACACUCCUCCACCCACUACCAACCUGUUUGGUACCGUAAGCAAGCUUGCUGAGUCAAGCGGUCCCUCGAUGCAGUCGUCUACAUUGUUUGGUGCCAAACCCACUAACAAUGAAACUGCUAAGACUUCACUCUUUGGUACUCCCAGUGCAGAAUCGACUACUGCUACGUCUUUAUUUGGUGCAAAGCCUACAAGCACCGCCACCAACUUGUUCGGCAAUGCCUCGGCGUCAACUGCCAAGCCUUUGUUUGGUGCCCCCAGCUCUGGCGAUGCGACGGCGCCCAAGACUGACGCUGCUCCUCCGGCAGACAAGCCUGCUGCGGCCCCCAUUUUCAGCUUUGGGGCGCCUUCCACUGGUGCUGAUAAGAUCAACGGUGCGAACAAGCCCCUAUUUGGAGCACCUCAGUCGCCUACGUCGUCUGGUGCAGCCGCGCUUGAUGGUAGUCCCAUGAAGCAGGAUGGACCAUCACCGGCCAAGAAGGCAUUCGAUGGUGGAAGCACUGGGGCUUCGACCGCACCCAUCUUCAGCUUUGGGGGCGCCUCUACAGCUCCUGCUGCUCCCUCAUUUGGUGGUGGCUCAGGCACUUCUACACCUCUGUUUGGCGGUGCUUCAACGACACCUGCUGCUAACAAUGCAGGCUCGUCUUUUGGUGCAAACUCGACCAACUCUGGAGGGUCAUUCGGUUUCCAGUUUGGAGGAAACUCUGCUUCUUCAUCGUUCAACAAUCCGUUCUCCUCAGGCAACGAUGGAGGUAACGCAGCUUCUGCCCCAUCAUCAGCUCCUGGAGGCAUGUUCAGCUUUGGGGCCACCGCCGCACCUUCUGGAGGUUCCAAUCCGUUCCAAUUUGGAGGUGCAAGCAACGCCACAUCGACCCCAGCCUUCGGAGCUGGCAGUAAUAACAAUGCUCCCGCUUUUGGAGGGGCGUCUGGAUCUACCGGAGCGCCGGGGUUCAGCUUCACAGGAGCCUCGCCAGCGCAAAACUCAGUACCAACAUUUGGAUCCAACCAAAACGGCAACCUUCAACCGCCUGCUGGUGGUUCUACCACCGGGACCAACACACCGUUCAGUCUUGGGGGAGGCUCUAGCCUGGCCACAACACCAGCUGGCGGGACCCCGGAACCAUCGAACCAAGCCGAAGGAGCCGCCGGAGGCGAUGAAGAAGGCGAGAAGCACGAGCAGGUCAACUUGGCCGAGAACCUGGAGCAGGACGAGGAUAUCAUGCAUGAUGUACGGGCAAAGGUGUUGAAGUUUGUGCCGGCCAGCGAGAAGUCGGAUGACAAGAAGCCCAAGUCUCAGAGUCCGUGGUCUGUACAGGGUGUAGGAGCUCUUCGACUGCUAAAGCACAAGGAGACGAGUGUUGUUCGUCUUCUCCUGCGAGCAGAGCCCCGUGGACAUAUUGCUAUGAACCGAGCAGUCCUCGCCGACAUGUCUUACAAGGCUGACAAGAAGUACGUCAAGAUGACCACGUCGAACGAGAAGGGUGAUGGACUUGAGACUUGGAUGAUUCAGGUCAAGACGGCGGACAUGGCUAAGGAGCUUGCAGAAGCUUUGGAGAAGAACAAAGUCCAUAACAAGAAGAAGGGAGCUGCUGCCCUGGAGGCAGAGAAGCUCAGGGCAGUUGGAAGCCAGUUUUGGCAACAGCUCUGCCAGGAACACGGCAUCAGCCAAGAUGGAAACCUAGAAGACUUUGCGACCGAAGGCGGUGACCGAAAAGAUGUCUUUUACUACCAGAGCGACGAUACGAGAUACAUACCCCGAGCCAUCCUAAUUGAUCUGGAACCGAGGGUCAUCAACGGUAUCCAGACUGGACCUUACAGAAAUAUUUAUAACCCCGAGAACUUUUACGUGGGCAAAGAUGGCGUUGGUGCUGCCAACAACUGGGGUGAUGGUUACCAGAGUGGUGAGGCGGUGUACGAGGACAUCAUGGAGAUGAUUGAUCGAGAGGCAGAUGGCAGUGACUCUCUUGAGGGCUUCAUGAUGUUGCACUCAAUUGCCGGCGGUACGGGAUCAGGUCUUGGAUCGUUCCUCCUUGAGAGGCUUAACGAUCGGUUUCCCAAGAAGAUCAUCCAAACGUACUCGGUCUUCCCGGACACAACGAACGCGGGCGACGUUGUUGUUCAUCCUUAUAACAGUAUCCUAUCUAUGCGAAGAUUAACACAAAAUGCUGACUCUGUUGUCGUUUUGGAUAAUGGUGCUUUGUCACACAUUGCUGCCGAUAGGUUGCAUGUCCAGGAGCCUUCCUUUCAACAAACAAACCAGCUGGUUGCUACUGUCAUGUCUGCCAGCACAACAACACUUCGAUACCCUGGUUACAUGCACAAUGAUCUUGUCAGCAUCCUAGCCUCCCUCAUCCCAACUCCCCGAUGUCAUUUCCUCAUGACUGCCUACACGCCAUUCACCGGUGACCAAGUCGAGCAAGCCAAGACAGUUCGCAAAACGACAGUGUUGGAUGUGAUGAGACGUCUACUACAGCCCAAGAACCGCAUGGUGUCUACUGUUCCCGGCAAGAAAAGUUGCUACAUCUCCAUUCUCAAUGUCAUUCAGGGUGAAGUUGAUCCGACGGAUGUUCACAAGAGUCUGCUUCGUAUCCGGGAACGACGACUGGCCACGUUCAUUCCAUGGGGGCCUGCAAGUAUUCAAGUUGCUCUGACAAAGAGAAGUCCAUACAUCCCCAUGAGCCACCGUGUCAGCGGUCUUAUGCUCGCCAACCACACAAGUAUUGCGACGCUCUUCAAGAGAAUCCUAAGGCAGUACGAUGGCAUGCGUAAGCGUAAUGCCUUUAUGGAAGGAUACAAGAAGACAGCACCGUUUUCCGAGAACCUCAACGAGUUUGAUGAGGCACGGCAGGUUGUUGCAGACUUGAUUGGCGAAUACGAAGCUGCCGAAGACGCAGAUUACCUCAACCCAGACGCAGGAGAGAAGCCCACAUCUGCAGAGACGGAUCGACGAGUGGCUUGA